UCCAAGAAUAUGUGUGUAAAUUGUUUAGUAAAGUUGGAGAAGUCAGGAACACCUCUACCCUCUCCCCAUCACACACGCACAGUGGUGAUUUCUUCCUGGUGUGAUAAGAAUGGAAAAAAAUAAGAGAGAGAGAGAAAGAGAAUCAGGAUCUGUACCAAGGAUUCUUCUGGCUGUGUGUGAGGAGGCUUUGAUACAAAUUCCAUGGCAGUUAGAAAGUAAACUGGCUGCCAAGAUGGGGAGGAAGGAACAAGCCAUGACCCUCUACAGUCCUGAGGUCUCCAAAGUAAAAGGGAACCGGAAAUACCAAAGGGUGAGGAGACAGAAGGUCAGAGGGGAAGACGGGGACUUGACUUAAGGACAGAGCUAGACAGAAAAGAACACCUUAGAAAUGUUGACUUUUAAACGAGAGCCCACCCUUCCUACCAACAAACAAUUGAUGUCAGCCCGGAAGCGGCAGCAGUACGUGGAUCAGGCAUUCACCUACACCCGGAUGUUCUGUGGCAGCCUCUCUGGCCUUAGCAUCCUGCUGCUCAUCAUCACGGCCCCACUGAGCUGGGUGCAGUUCCUGGUGACCAACAAUGGCCUUGAGCUCUACGCGGGACUCUGGACCGUAUGCCACCACGAGCUGUGCUGGAGCCACAUACCCAAGCCACCCUAUUACCUCGAAUAUUCCAGGGCCUUGUUCAUUAUCUCUGUCCUCUGCAUGGUUACUGGUCUUGGCUUGCUCUUCAGCUCUUGCCGCCCUACAGAAAGAAUUGUGUCAGCUGAGUUGGAUCUGAAGGUGUCCAUCCUCAGCUUCUGCUCAGGUACUGACUGGCAAGCUUUCUGCUUGCUCCUCUGCCUCAACCUGUUUCUGGCCCAGGUUGAAUGGUACACAACGAGCGCCAUGGAGUCCGUGUUCCUGUGGGCCUAUUAUCUGAGUUGGUGUGGUGACGUCCUGCAUGUCUGUGCUGGGAUCGUCUCUUUUCUCAACUAUGUAACUUUCCAAUCUCAUCCUCCUGAUCCAAGUGUCGGUAUGACCCCACAGCAGAAGUCCAGGCCGAGCUUCGGGCCAGUGCCAACAACAGCCCCUGCUGCUGCUGGAAAGUCAAGUCCUGAGAUGCAAUUUCUAAGUGGGAGAGGGGAGAGACGACCAAGCACGAGAGGGGAGAGACAACCAGGCACGAGAGGGGAGAAACGACCAGGCACGAGAGGGGAGAGACGACCAAGUACAAGAGGGGAGAGACGACCAAGUACAAGAGGGGAGAGUCGACCAGGCAUGAGAGGGGAGAGACAACCAAGCACGAGACUGUGA